UUACGGCCGUGAAAGAUAACCCAAAUCAUCCUCAGAAGGAAAUUUUCUCAGAAAAGGUCCUAAUUUCUUCCGGAUAAAUUUUCAACAUCAGGCCAAACUUUUGAGAGUGAGAGAGAGAGAGAGAGAGAAUGGAUAGGGUGUUUUCAGUGGACGACAUCGCGGACCAAUUCUGGUCGCCGCCGCCGCCGGCGGUGCGCUUGUCCGACGAGGAAGAGAUGACGACGACGUCUUCGUCCUCAUCCCAGGCGAUGAUGAUGAUGAAUCGGAGCUCGUCCGAGUGGGCCUUGCAGAGGUUCCUCCAAGAGUCCCAAGCCAAAACCAACGCAUCCGACGUCGUUGAGAUCAAGGACGUCCAGCCUCCGAUUCCGAUCAAUCCUGCUGCUGCUGCUGCGCCGCCUCCGAAUAACAUUCCCGUCGAUUCGGACGAGUACCAGGCCUUCCUCAAGACCCGCCUCGAUUUGGCCUGCGCUGCUGUCGCCUUGACCCGUGCAUCUAAUAUGAAGCCUCAAGAAUCUGCUGUUAUAGCAAAGGGAUCACAGGUGCCCAGCACUUCACAAUUGGGAUCUGAAGCUCCUAGUAAAGGAUCUGGGUAUGGUCUACCAAAGGGACAGGAUAAUGAUGCUGCUGGAACAGUCGGAAUUCCUUCCUUGCAAGCUAUGCAAAAGAAAUCUGGGGUUCCUGCAAGGUCAACGACAAGUGGGUCGUCAAGAGAACAAUCAGAUGAUGACGAUGAAGCUGAGGGGGAAACGGAAGCAAUGGAGAACAUGGACCCUGCCGAUGCAAAACGUGCAAGAAGAAUGCUUUCUAAUAGAGAAUCAGCAAGACGCUCUAGGAGGCGGAAACAGGCCCAUUUGACUGAGCUUGAAACACAGGUUUCUCAAUUACGGGGUGAAAAUUCUUCUUUACUGGAGCGCUUUACUGACAUAAGCCAUAAGUACAAUGAAGCCGCUGUUGACAACAGAGUUUUGAAAGCUGAUGUUGAAACAUUAAGAGCUAAGGUGAAGAUGGCUGAAGAGACCGUUAAACGGGUUACCGGGUUGAAUCCGCUGAUCCAUGCCAUGUCAGAGAUAUCCACAAUGGGUAUGACAUCAUUUGCUAGUAGCCCAUCUGACACAUCAGCAGAUGCUGCCGUUCCUGUGCAUGAUGACCCUAAGCUGCAAUUCUAUCAAUCUGCUUCGAAUACUCACAUGUCCGCCCACGAUCAGAGAAUUCAAAAUGGUUUUGCCGACAUAACACCUUUGGGAGAUAAUGCACCACAGAAUCCUGCAAAAAUGGGCAGAACAGCUUCCAUGCAGCGAGUGGCUAGCUUGGAGAAUCUGCAGAAGCGGAUCCGUGGGGGUGCAAUUUCUGGUGGGACCCAGUGCAGCAGAGAGCAGUAGCAACGAGAGAAGAGCCCUACUCGAAUGGAGGUUUUUAUUGUAAGCAAGUGUCGUGACCGAAUCUUGUUAGUAUAAUUCGUAUCGGUUCAUAUUGUACGUCUUCUUAUUCUUAUUGUCUCUAUUGCAUUAUGGAUAGGACCCAAAAGUGCCAAAACCCUUGUUUGAUUAUGUGCUGCUGGGUGGAAUAGCUCCGGCAAUAAUUUAGUUUAUUCAAUGCAGUUCCCUUCAUGAUCA